GUAGCAGGGAAAAAGAGGAGGAAACGGAGGGGGAAACGUGUCGGAUUAUCCGUGGUCGGCCUGAUCGGACCUAGAAAGACGACUGUUCUAAGGUUUCCGCGUCGGCUGUAGGAAGCCAGCCCGUGGACUGGCUCGUGUCUGUCAGAGUGAGACAGAAAAUAUCCGUGGAUCGUCGCUGUGGAUCGUUAAACGUCGGGAAAUCGACUCGUACCACUCCUACCGGCUCUGUCUAACCCCCUUCUGCCGAGGAUGGAUCGGAACGAGAGCGCAAACGAGGGCGGAAGCUCGCCGGACACGGUGAUCGCGCGCUCCUCGUCCGAAGAGGAGCGGAACAGGUUCGCGUGUAGCACUUCCGGCGAGUACGUGACCGUGGGCGACAGCAGUUCUAGCUUGGACACGGUGACCAACGCCGCUGGGACGACGGGCGUCGCGGCGACCGAUCCAUCGGCCGUCGAGGACAAGAAGAGGGGCAGAUUCGGCGCAUUGAAGAGCAGCUUUCGCAAAGAGGGAGGACUGUUCAAAAUUCGGAGGAAGGACAGACAGCCGGGCGAGCCGGCUGCCGAGCCUGAGCCGGAUGUCGAGGAAAAAGAAACGGGUCGCAAGCGGAGCCCGGUGGAGGAGGACGAGCGCAAGGCUGGCGGCGCUGCGUCGUCGACCUUGAAGAAAAAGAAGAAGAAGUCGCACUCGUUGGUGCGCAAGCUGAGCUUGAACAAAUUUCGCCUGUCGACGGAACAAGAGCCGAGACACACGCCCGAAGGUGGUGACAGCAGCCGGUCCCAAAGCCAAUCGUCGCAGGAGUCGCCUAGUCUCUCGGACAGCCCGUCCAGGAUCGCGAGGAAGGGGCAGGAGACCGAGAGGCUUGGCCAUCGCGACGAUUACGAGGCCGACGAGCGACGGGACGCCCCGUACGACGCCGACAGGGAGAAGGGAGAGUCGAGGAAAUCGGAGAAGCCGACGGAGAAACUGGUGAGCACCGUGACCGUAGUGCAGCGCAGGUCGCCGUCGUUGACCAUCAGGAGCUUUUCCACGAAGACCCAGUACGAUAUCCAGUCAGCUGAGAAGUCUCCUCGGCCGGAAGCGCUGUGCAGCUCCACGCUUCCGUACGCCAUCUCGAAAUGGCCGGAGCAGAAGGCCUCGAAAUCAUUCUCGAACGAUUCGUAUAGGAAGUCCAAGUUGAACACCAAGUCCGAAUCCGAGUCAGGCAUAUCGAAAUCCUCGCCGCGCGAGGUCAGACGGAAGCUGUCGUUGCUGGAAGAGAAACGGGCUAUAUUCCAGCGUCGUUUGUUCGAGAGUACUCGAAACUCGGAUUCCAGGGAAACGGUGAUCGCAGUGUCCGUCGACGACGAAGAGAAGGGGCAGGGGAACGAGGACAACUGGGACGGUGGGACCAAGAAGAAGGCCAGGCACAUCAGCGUGAAGAAGUUCGACACGUUUUCGACGUUCGAGGGCACGUUCGACGAGGAAACUGGUGUUGGUUACCUGGCCGGUAUCGAGGAGGAUUACACCGAGAGCUACGACAGGAAGCACGAUAGUUACGUGGACACCAUGGGGCCCAUGCUGGCCGACAUCGCGGACAAGAGCAAGGUCGUCAGCCAGGACAGCAUGUCGUCACAGAACAAUGCACCGAAUGCCGGAUUAGGCGAGAAACGAGAGCACUUGUAUAAAAUCCUGGUGAUCGGCGAGCUCGGCGCCGGAAAGACGUCCAUCAUCAAGAGAUACGUCCAUCAAUUCUUCUCGCAGCAUUAUCGCGCGACCAUUGGCGUUGACUUUGCGCUGAAAGUGUUGAACUGGGACCCGCACACGAUUAUAAGGUUGCAGCUAUGGGAUAUCGCAGGUCAAGAGAGGUUUGGGAAUAUGACGAGAGUAUACUACAAAGAGGCCGUGGGCGCGUUCAUAGUGUUCGACGUGACGAGAAGCGCCACCUUGGACGCGGUGGUAAAAUGGAAGCAAGAUUUGGACUCGAAAGUUCAACUUCCUGACGGCUCACCAAUCCCGUGCGUUCUUCUGGCGAACAAGUGUGACCAACAGAAGGAGGGCCUAGUGAAUUCGCCGACGAAAAUGGACGAAUAUUGCAAGGAGAAAAAUUUUGCUGGAUGGUUCGAGACUUCGGCCAAGGAGAACAUUAACAUUGAGGAGGCUGCACGAUUUCUUGUUAAUAAAAUACUUCAAAAUGAUCAGUUGAUGAAGGGGAACGGCUCUCAGGAACAGAAUGAUGGCGAGCGUUUCGCGUUGAAUCAGUCGCCGACCAGUUCAAAGAAAUCCUGCUCCUGCUGACGAAUCGGUAAUCCACCGAUAGCAGGAUCGUCCGGUCCGUUAUCGUCGUCCUGCCAUCACCGUGUAGCUGUCGGUGCCAUGACACGAGAGUCCCGAUCCGCUAGUUCCACGUCGACUAUCCUCGUCGUUGGAUCUCGUCUGGAUCGUGUAACUAACGUCCCACUCAUGAAACGAACCUUAAUGGCGACUAUUCCACCGACCAGAGUCAUUAAUCGUCUCACGACUGGUAUCGUCUGUGGGAUUUCGACUCUUCCUCGUAUAUUGUUAACUGUCGCUGGCUGAGAACUCACGUGAAAUCGAUCGUCGUUCUUGCACUUGCCGUUUGUAUAUACACACACAUGUUUGUUGAGAGAUAGGUUAGCUACACUAGUGGAGGUGGAGCUUGGAAUGCUGAACAGAGGUGGAGAAUGGUGUACUUUAGAUGACUAGGAUGUUGGUUCUUGUAAUUGAUAAUUGAUUAGUUAGUUUGGUCUGAAAUUUGUAGUGUGGAUACAUAGACAUUUGAUAGGGAAAUUAGAUAGACCAGGAGGUGGGUAAAUAUUGAUGGUGUUCAUGACUGAAUGUGUUACUCAAUCAC